AUGCUAUCGAGCCUUGGCAGCGUCUUGGCAGCCAUAGGCGGGGUGUUGUCCAUGCCUUUCAUGAACAUGUCAAUUUCGACUCGUGCAAUGCCUGCAGCCCCUCACUUCGUCAUAUAUAGCGACAAGUGGGUUUCUGGUGAGAUUGGCCCUCCGGACGUCAGUAUGAUCUCAGGGUGCAAUGUCUUUGCUCUCUCGUUCUGGCUUGUCUCCGGUCCAACCGAUCAAGCUGAAGAGUGGACAUUGCUUGAUGAUACCACACGAGCAUCUAUCAAGGCAUCAUACGAGAAUGCAGGAAUUUCUCUUAUCGUAUCCGCUUUUGGCUCCACGGAUGUCCCUACGACCGACGGGUAUGACCCUACGAUUCUCGCUAAUAGUCUAGCAGACUAUGUAUUGGAAUAUGAUCUCGACGGUGUCGACGUCGAUUAUGAAGAUAUAUACGCCAUGGAUGCCGAGAAUGGAUCAGCAGAAAAUUGGUUGACCACUUUCACAACAGCCCUUCGUGCAAGACUUCCGCAAGGUCAAUACAUUUUAACCCAUGCACAUUCGACUCGCUUCUUGACCUGUAUCAGCUGUUGCUCCAUGGUUUUCCACACGAUACGCCAGCGGUGCUUAUUUGACGGUCCAUCAGAAUGUUGGAUCGUUGAUCGAUUGAGUAAGUUGGAAGAUCGAUUCUACAAUCAGGGGACGUCCGAGUACACCACGUGUUAUGGCCUCCUCACAGCAUCAUCUCCAAUGCAGCCAAAUACUGCGCUCUUCCAGAUUGCAGCAGCAGGAAUACCUUUAGACAAAUUGGUGAUCGGCAAGCCAGCCACAGAUGUGGAUGCGAGCAAUGGUUAUAUGGAUCCCUCCUCACUUGCUCAGUGUGUGGGCGACGCUGCUCGACAAGGAUGA